AUGAGCCUUGAUCGUCAGGAUGCACCUCAGAAAGAUGGAUUAGAUAGGGCAGCAAAGCCUGCAUUGCAGAAUCUACCAUUGCCUCCACCCACAAGGCCGAUCAAGGAGUCGGUUUCCUCCCCUCCAUCUCUUCUCGAUAAAACCAGAACCAAGCUGGCGGAGCCCGUUGUUGCCGCAUUCAUGGCCGGUGGCGUGGCCGGUGCCGUUUCUCGGACGAUCGUCUCUCCCCUCGAACGGCUGAAGAUCUUACUUCAGAUCCAAAGCGUCGGCCGAGAGGAGUACAAAUUGUCUAUCUGGAAAGCUCUCGGAAAGAUGCGACGAGAAGAAGGCUGGCGAGGCUUUAUGCGGGGUAAUGGAACCAAUUGCAUACGUAUCAUCCCAUACUCUGCCGUUCAAUUCGGAAGUUAUAACUUCUACAAGAAGGCCGUGUCGCAGUUCGUGGAGUCUCCUGAGGGUGAAAUGACCCCUGCCCGUCGCCUUCUCUGCGGAGGCGUCGCGGGAAUCACAUCAGUCACGGUUACCUACCCACUCGAUAUUGUUCGCACACGACUUUCCAUCCAAUCCGCGUCCUUUGCGGACCUCGGCAAACGCGAUCCAUCUCGGAGUCUCCCAGGCAUGUUCACCACAAUGGUUAUGAUAUACAAGAAUGAGGGCGGCAUUAUCGCCCUGUAUCGCGGGAUUGUCCCCACGGUGGCCGGGGUCGCGCCCUAUGUUGGCUUGAAUUUCAUGACCUAUGAGUCAGUACGCAAACACUUGACCCCCGAGGGCGACAAAAACCCCGGUCCGGCCCGUAAACUUUUGGCUGGUGCAAUUUCCGGAGCUGUGGCACAAACCUGCACAUACCCCUUUGACGUACUCCGACGACGCUUUCAGAUCAACACCAUGUCCGGGAUGGGAUAUCAAUACACCUCGAUCUGGGAUGCGGUACGUGUGAUUGUGGCCGAGGAAGGGUCACGAGGACUCUUCAAGGGAAUUGGGCCCAACCUUCUCAAAGUGGCCCCCAGCAUGGCCAGUAGCUGGCUCAGUUUUGAAUUGACACGAGAUUUCCUGGAGCGAAAUUUCUUAGGUAUCGACCUCGACCGUCACCAUGUGCGCAGCACCCACCGCAAGGCGCCCAAGAGCGAGAACGUCUACUUGCAGGUUCUCGUGAAGCUCUAUCGCUUCCUUGCCCGCCGUACCGAGUCCAACUUUAACAAGGCUGUUCUCCGCCGUCUCUUCAUGUCGCGCAUCAACCGCCCCCCGGUUUCGCUCUCUCGCAUCGCCUCGAACAUCAACGAGUCGCAGAAGGGCAAGACCGUGGUCGUGAUCGGCACUAUCACUGACGACAACCGUCUCCUCAACGUCCCCAAGCUGUCGGUUGCUGCCCUGCGUUUCACCGCCACUGCUCGUGCCCGUAUCGAGAAGGCCGGUGGUGAGAUCCUGACCCUGGAUCAGCUUGCUCUGCGUGCCCCCACCGGCGCCAACACCCUGCUCCUCCGUGGCCCCAAGAAUGCCCGUGAGGCCGUGAAGCACUUUGGCUUUGGCCCUCACUCUCACAAGAAGCCCUACGUUGCCAGCAAGGGUCGGAAGUUCGAGCGGGCCCGUGGCCGCAGACGCUCCAAGGGCUUCAAGGUCUAA